GAUCAUCGCUUGCAGAAGACCUACAGGAAAUCAAUUUUACUCCCCAAAAAGUUAUCAAUUAUAUAUUCAACUAAGGGUUGAAGUGUUCUGCGAUGAAUUCUACAAUCUUCAAAAUUAUUUUCUAUCCUUGCUUAUUAAUCUAUUUCCCAUUUCCCAUCUAUCAUUUCCCCAACUCCAACUUUAAAUCAACAAUUUACUCACAAUCCAUCGAAACCAACGGAACUGAAACCAACCUAAAUCCCACGACGUCAUAAUUCUUCCUCCUUCUUCCAAACGAAACCCCUGACAGCCCCACCGCUACCCCCCGGAUCAUCACAUGAAAAUGAUCUGUGCGUUUUUUGUUUAAAUAGGAUACAGAAGUACCAUCGAAUUCCUCAAAUCCCAUCAUUGAAGUUUUUCGUCCACAGUCUACGGUUCUCUCGAUAGUGCGAGUAUUAUACACAUAUCCAAAGAUACACACAUACAGAUAUAGAGAGCUGCAAAAACAGGAAGAAACAGAUAUCAACAAGGAACGGAAAAUGUCUAACUUCCAACUCCUCACAAAACCAACUCCCUUGAGUGGAGAGGCUCACCGAAAAUCUCCUCCGCUCUCUUUUACACCCUCUCUUGCGCCCUCUUACUCGACUUCUAAAUCUACAUCUAAAUCUCAUUCCUCGUCUUCACCAUCUUCUUCGACCCUCCGUCCCACCUUCCGUCCCCUCUACAAAACCCUCUCACUUUCCUACCGAUAUCCCUCCUCCGCCAACGAUUCCUCUUCCACAAACAACACAUCCGCCACAUCUACAACUUUUACCAUCCUGCUCUCCAUCUACAAAGUCAUCGAUCUGUUAGCUCGACGUUUGGCGUUUGAAUUCGCGCUGUUCAUGUUAGGGGGCGGGUUUAAUCUCAUGCUUUUACUGUUGUGGCCUGGGUGGAUACCGAUUCUGGGGGUGGUGGGAGGUGUGUGGUGGGUUUGGGGUUGAGGGGUUGGGGAAAGUGGAACUUUGGUAUUGAGAUAGGGGAAAGAAGGGUUCUAAAAGGGGAGCUCAUUGCGGAUGGGUAAAAGAGGAGGAAAUUAAAGGAAACUUCCAGAGAAUGGGGUUUCA